AUGGAUCUGACACAGGUGCUGCCGGAGGAAAUACUCGCCGACGUGCUCCACCGCGUCGCGCCGCGCGGCCUCGCCGCAUGCCGCUGCGUCUGCAAGGCCCUUCUCGCCGUCAUCGACGCCAGCCGCCUACUGCGCGCGGACCUCCUCCCGCUCUCGGUCGGCGGCGUCUUCAUCAAUUUCUACUGCGAACGUGUGUCGGAGUUCUUCGCCAGUCCCUCCACCGGCCCCACCAUCUCCAGCAGGUUCGACUACGUGCCCUAUCCCAGCCGUCCUGAUUGGCGCAAAAUCAAGGACCACUGCAAUGGCCUCCUCUUGCUUGCUGAUUAUUGGGAUUGGGAGGAUUGUUACGUGGUUAACCCGGCCACGCGGCAGUGGGAUUCUCUACCACCGCGUCCGUCCGUGUUCGAGGAGAUAGAUGAAGACCUCAAAUGCGAAUAUCACCUCGUGUUUGAUCCCAUGGUGUCGCCCCACUAUGAGGUGUUUGUGAUCCUAAAUCCCCGCUAA